AUGAAAGAAAAUGAUUUGUUACUCUGUUUCAGACACAUAGAGAACUGGACAGGACUGCAGACUCUGAGAGACGUGGACAUGGAGCUGUACACUGGACUACAGAGGCUAAUCAUUAUAAACUGCAGUCUGCACUCUAUCCAGGCCCGGGCUUUCUCCCAGAACCCUCAUCUACGAUACAUAAACCUAUCCAAGAACCCUCUAACCACCUUGUCCUGGCAACUGUUCCAGAACCUGCAACUUUCUGAGCUGAGGCUGGACGGUGUGGUGUUUGACUGUGGUUGUGACGUGCGUUGGAUCCAGCUUUGGCAGCAGAGACGAGAGGCGGGGCUUCACACCCAGAUGCUGUUCUGCAGAAACGGGGCCUUUAAGACACGAUUGCAAAACAUGUACAUUACUUUAUGUGACGUACCAGAGAUCAGUGUAAGCCACAACAGUAGCCUGAUGAUGAUAGAGGGUAGUAAUGUAACGUUCAGCUGUAAUGGGUCAGGAGCUCCCCUCCCCGAAGUCGACUGGACCGUCGCUGGACUACACUCCAUCAACACACACCUGUCUAAUGUCUACUGGCCCAACAUCCAUUCUAUUAACCUGACGCUAGUCAACGUAAGUCGAGACGACAACGGCUUCCUGCUCACCUGCAUAGCAGAGAACCUAGUGGGAAUGACCAACGCUUCCAUCCAGCUGGCUGUACAGUUUCCACCAGUCAUCCUGAAACUGUCCGAGCCUGAGCGGCGCCAUGACACCUGCAUAGAGUUCACAGUGAGAGGCUAUCCCUACCCGACGCUGCGAUGGUACCACAAACAGAGAGAGAUCCUGCAGAGUGAAUACAUCAGAACAGAGAUGGAUUUCUACCGGGACUAUCUGGAGGGAUGUCUGACUUUUCUCAACCCAACACACUACGAUAAUGGAAACUACACGCUGCAGGCCUCCAACUCCCUGGGGACCGUCACCAAGACCGUCUACGGACACUUCCUCACGGCUCCGCCCUUUGACCCUGACCCUGACGGUAACCACAACAUUUUCUUAGACAGGGACACAUCGUACAGCAAAAGCUAUAGAUCUCAGAACAGUGAGAAAGGAUGCAUUGCAGCAGAUUUAGCUAUAAAAGCUCAUUUGGAUGAUUCACAUCACUCAGAGCUUCUCUAG